GGCAAAGGUAAGGGUUUCGGGUUCCAUACGAUGCAGUGCAGCAGCAUUGGUUGCUACGUCAAUUAUCUGGAAUUUAAUACAGUAAAGUUAAAGCGUGAAAAAUCUGAUGAGUUAGAGACCUUCUUUGCGUCUGGAACUUGCUCAGUUUCCGCUCAUUAUGCAGCCACGAUGCUUGCUGAUCGCACUAUACCUGGUUCUAAGUCGUGGAAACUCUCAGGAAUUGGGCACUGGACUGUCGAUCCCUCAACUAACUGCGGCAGAUGUGCUGCCCAAUGGAAAACCUUAUCAAAUUGUGCGGGUCAUUGAGUAUCUGGUGCCAUACACCUAUGAAACAUCACCUAGACUAGCCCCCAGAGGACCUACAGUGAGUUACAGCCUGCCGGACAGCAAGGAGAUCAAACCCCCUCGAAAUGAGAGCCCCCUGACCACGAAGCCAACAAUUAGCCAUACGACAGUCAAACCAAAGACAGCCAAACACUUUCUGUUAAAGGUGAUCCAUGGCCAGGAGGUCAUUUGCAGUGGUGCUUUAAUCUCCACCCGCCUAGUGCUGACCUCCGCCCACUGCUUCAAUCUCUCGAAGGGGACCAAGUCACCCCAGGCUCGGGAGUAUAAGUUGCAGGCCAGUAAGAGUCGUAUCUAUGAGGUGUCUAACAUCAUUCUCGGCGAGAGCUCUAGUAAAACCGAAGACAUGGCUCUGAUGGUUCUAAAACUGCCCCUUAAAGAUGCCCUGAUCCAGCCAAUAGAACUUUGCGACGAACCGCUUCGGCCAAAGGACAAUGUCACCAUAUACAUGUCCAAGAGGAAUCUGCAGUUUCUGCGAACCAAUGUCAUCGCCAAUAGAAACUGCAAGGAGAGCUAUGCCAGCGAUGAGUUGGCCUUCAUCACGCAGACCAUGAUUUGUGUUCAGAAUUUAAACCGGAAGGCUGACUGUCGGACAAUCAAAGGGGACCUGCUGCUCCACAAGGAUCGUCUAUGCGGCAUUGAUAUAUACGGUCAGCACUGUUCAGAGGAAGGUCCCAAUGGAGAGCUAUAUGCGGAUGUCUUCAAGGCAAGACAGGAACUACAGCGUACAAUCAAGCGAUUUCAGGAUGACCAAUGAUCGUAAAACAUGUUUUUAACAAUUCUUUACAAAGAAGUUCCUAAUAUCUAAAGCAAGAUAAAGUUUAAAACAUUUUACCAUAUUUAUUUUCCUAAAAUUCCAAGUAAAUGCAAUAUUAAAUGGGAGCGGAAAUGAAAAAAAUAAUAUAAAAUGCACCCCAUGCUCACUUCAAUAAAUGGCAGAAGUUGUCAAAUAAA